UUCUCUCCCUUUGCUUUUAGCCCUCACCAGGGCAGGAGGGACCAAGGCUGUGACCAGACUCAUAGUCCUAGGGUAACCCUGAAGGGGUCGUGAGGGAGCAGUGACUCCCUUCCAACCUCUUCUCCAUAAGGACUGUUGGCAACCAAGGAAAUCAACUGGGAAAAUGAAGACCUGCUGGAAAUUUCCAGUUUUCUUCUUUGUGUGCAGUUUCCUGGAACCCUGGGCAUCUGCAGCUGUCAAGCGUCGCCCCAGAUACCCUGUCAAUUCCAGUUCUAAUGGUGGUGAUGAACUCUGCCCAAAGAUCAGGAUUGGCCAAGAUGACUUACCAGGGUUUGAUCUGAUCUCUCAGUUCCAGGUAGAUAAAGCAGCAUCUAGAAGAGCUAUCCAAAGAGUAGUGGGAUCAACUACAUUACAGGUGGCUUACAAAUUGGGAAACAAUGUAGACUUCAGGAUUCCAACUAGGAAUUUAUAUCCCAGUGGACUGCCUGAAGAAUAUUCCUUCUUGACGACAUUUCGGAUGACUGGAAGCACACUCAGAAAGAACUGGAGCAUUUGGCAGAUUCAGGAUUCCUCUGGGAAGGAGCAAGUUGGCAUAAAGAUUAAUGGCCAGACACAAUCUGUUGCAUUUUCAUACAAGGGACUGGAUGGAAGUCUCCAAACAGCAGCCUUUUCGAAUUUGCCCUCCUUGUUUGAUUCCCAGUGGCAUAAGAUCAUGAUUGGCGUGGAGAGGAGUAGUGCUACUCUUUUUGUUGACUGCAACAGGAUUGAAUCUUUACCUAUAAAGCCAAGAGGCCCGAUUGACAUUGACGGCUCUGCUGUGCUGGGUAAACUUGCAGAUAAUCCUCAAGUUUCUGUUCCAUUUGAACUUCAAUGGAUGCUGAUCCAUUGUGACCCCCAGCGGCCUAGGAGAGAAACUUGCCAUGAGCUGCCAGCCAGAAUAAUGCCCAGCCAGACCACUGACGAGAGAGGUCCCCCGGGCGAGCAGGGUCCUCCGGGGCCUCCGGGCCCCCCUGGAGUUCCCGGCAUCGAUGGCAUCGACGGUGACCGAGGUCCUAAGGGUCCCCCGGGCCCACCGGGUCCUGCAGGUGAACCGGGAAAGCCAGGAGCGCCAGGCAAGCCCGGCACACCCGGCGCUGAUGGAUUAACAGGACCUGAUGGAUCCCCUGGCUCUGUUGGACCAAAGGGACAAAAAGGAGAACCUGGUGUGCCUGGCUCUCGUGGAUUUCCAGGCCGUGGUAUUCCUGGACCCCCUGGUCCUCCUGGGACAACAGGACUCCCUGGAGAGCUUGGCCGUGUAGGACCUGUUGGUGACCCUGGGAGAAGAGGACCACCUGGACCCCCUGGACCCCCAGGACCCAGUGGAACAAUUGGCUUUCAUGAUGGAGAUCCGCUGUGUCCCAAUUCCUGUCCACCAGGUCGCUCAGGAUAUCCAGGCCUACCAGGCAUGAGGGGUCAUAAAGGGGCUAAAGGAGAAAUUGGUGAACCAGGAAGACAAGGACACAAGGGUGAAGAAGGUGACCAGGGAGAACUGGGAGAAGUCGGAGCUCAAGGACCUCCAGGAGCCCAGGGUUUGCGAGGCAUCACUGGCAUAGUUGGGGACAAAGGGGAAAAAGGUGCUCGGGGCUUAGAUGGUGAACCUGGGCCUCAGGGUAUUCCUGGUGCAUCUGGUGACCAAGGACAACGAGGACCUCCAGGAGAAGUAGGUCCCAAAGGAGAUAGGGGGGCUCAAGGUGUUAGAGGAAUUCCUGGUCUCCCUGGGCCCAAAGGAGACACGGGCUUGGCUGGUGUGGAUGGCCGUGAUGGGAUCCCUGGAAUGCCUGGAACAAAGGGUGAACCAGGAAAACCUGGGCCUCCCGGCGAUGCAGGAUUGCAGGGGUUACCAGGUGUACCUGGAAUUCCUGGUGCAAAGGGUGUUGCUGGUGAAAAGGGUAGCACAGGUGCUCCAGGGAAGCCUGGUCAGAUGGGAAAUUCAGGCAAACCGGGCCAACAAGGGCCUCCAGGAGAGGUGGGACCCCGAGGACCCCGGGGACUUCCUAGAUGGGGUCUUGCUAUAUUACCAGGCUGAUCUUGAACUUCUGGCUUCAAGUGAUCCUUCUGCCUCAGCCUUCCAAAAUGUUGGGAUUACAGGCAUGAGCCACCAUGCCCAGCCAUAUUUUUUUUCCUAAUGAUUGACUUCUCUCACUUAGUAUAAUGUUUCAAGGUUUAUCUAUGCUGUAGAAUGUAUCAGUACUUCAUUCCUUUUUAUUCUUGAAUAAUAUUUAAUUGUGGGGAUUAAUUAUGGAUAUAUCACAUUUUAUUGAUCCAUGCAUCUGGUGACAGACAUUUGGAUUGUUUCCAUUUUUGGGCCAGUAUGAAAAGUGCUGAUAUGAACACUUGUGUACAGGUUCUUGUGUGGACAUAUGUUUUAAUUUUUCUUGAGUACUUACCUAGGAGUGAAAUUGCUGUGUCAUAGGGUAGUGCUGCUUUGAAGAAACCGCAGACUUCUUUCAGUGUGAGUUUGUAAACUUGUUUAUUUUAUAGCAGCCAUAGCAAUGCAGAUUUUCUCAUUAUAUGCAAUUUAAUCCUAGAGAAAAAUUGAUUAGGAAAUAUCAUACAUCUAAAUUUGACUUUAAAACAUUCUCUCUGGCCUUCAGUUUCAGUUCUUAUUUGGGGCUGCCGAAUGGCAAAAAGAACUCCAAGUGAGAACACAGAAACAUUUCCAAAUAUCACUAUUACUUCUUUUAAAGCAUUUCUUGGGCAUGUUGAAUGAAGACUUCCACACGUGAGAAAAGUGAAGUAUUCCAGGUGUCUUGUGGCAUGGGAAUGGAAUUUCUCCACUUCUUACAGAUAUUUGUCAGCUGACUUCUACCAGGUGGUUUCCUGAGGUUUCUGCAGCCAGAGCAACCAGCUCCUAUUCCUCGUCAUGGCACUCACUCACUUGCUCUGCACUUAUUUCAUUCUUUUCUUUGGCUUGAAGCCUGUGAAUUUAUAAUUAAAAUACUUUCCAUAAAUUAACUGUUGAAACAAUGACAUUAUAGCCAGAUCACAUUUCUAAGACAAUGAAGAUGCUAUAUGGCUAGUCCAGGAAGAUUUAGCAGCAUGGGGCCAUUAGAGCUUUGCUAAUGUUUACUAUUAUAUCUCUUAUUCAUUUUAAUUUAAUUUAAUCUGAUCUAAUUUAAUUUUAAACAGAGUCUCACUCUGUUGCCCAGGUUGGAAUGCAGUGGCAUGAUCUUAGGUCACUGCAAUCUCUACUACCUGAGUUCAGCUGAUCCUCCCACCUUAGCCCCUAGAGUAGCUGGAAUUACAGGCACACACCACCACACCUAGUUAAUUGGUGUAUUUUUUGUAGAGACAGGGUUUUGCCAUGUUGCCCAGGUUGGUUUGGAUCUCCUGAGCUCAGGCGAUUUACCCUUCUUGGACUUUCAAAGUGCUGGGAUUACAGGUGUGAGCCACCUUGCCUGGGUGGCUUUACUUUAAAGAACAGAAAGCUCCAUAUAGUUAAAGGAACAUUGGCUGAGCACUUGUGGGCCAGAACCAUGUGUGAAUACAAAAUAUGACAUGGAGUAGGGAGUGCUGAUUGGCCCGUCACCAGUUAAGUGCCAUGAGCUGCAUAAAGCAAUGAAGAACCAGAGGCAGCACCUCAGGAGAGGAUGGGGUAGGGGGUUGAUUUUCCUGAGGUGAGGCCGAUCAUAGGAAGCUAUGCUGAUGCAGGGUUUUGGGUCUGAUUUUCAGAUUUUGAUUUUUAAAUUUCUGUAAGAGUCCAAAUUCUUGCCAUUGCUCCUGUCCCUGAGGCUCAAAACCUGGGCAUUUUCCUCCAUCACAUUUCCUAUCACAAGAAGGACCUGUUGGUUCUGUCCUCUUUUCAGGAUCUCUUAUAUUUGACUUUUCAUUUCCAGUCCCACUUCAACCACCCUGGCUUGGAUUACUGCAAUUGUCUUCCCAGCUGCAGUCUUUUCUUUCUCUACCAGUAUCUCCCAAUAGGGUACUGCUGCAAUUUGGACUGGGCUAGUUAUUUGUUUUCCAGAAACCUUGCACAUGGCAGGGUGUCUCACAUCCAUGACCUCCAUUCUGCAUGAACAUCAGUAGCUCUCCACAGUCAUUGGGACAAACAAAAAUGCCAAACACAAUUCCAAAAGCCCUGAGGAAUGACAGUUCCCCUGAGUCUGCACACAGCCCUGCAUUGGUAUUUCCAAAGUGCAGUGUUCAUACUCACUUCUCCCCAUUUAAAAAUCUUCUAUGGAUUUCUAUGGACAAUAAGAGAAAGUCUAAAAUUUUAAACUGUCUGUUAACCUCCCAAUUUUACUUCUCAUUUCUGCUUUACUCAGAUCUUGCGUUCAAGUCAGCUUGGACUCUAUGUUAAUUCUCAAAUACUCUUUACCUCUUAGCCUGCCUGGUUUCCUGUAGGCCAGACCCUGUAGUUAUAUGGCUCGUUUCUCCAUUUAUCUGACUCAAUAUUCGAUAAGCUGUCUCAGAUGUAAUUGGAUUGUUAAUUGCACCAUGAAAACAUUUCUAGUUAUGUCCUGUCCUCCAGAUAGAAGUGACCUUUCCUUAUUCUGAACUCUGUAACUCUUGUCUCCUUUGUACACCAUGCUGUGGUAACUGCAGAAGGCACCAGUCAUGUCUGCUUCACUGCUGUGUUUCCCAUCUCGCUUUCCUCAGGGCCUGCCAUACAGUAGCCCUCAAUUGAUAUUUCUUGAAAUGAAUUGAAUCGGAGGCAUAAUAAAUCCUGCCAUGCUGUUUUUGUUGGUAAUAACUGACUUCUCACCUACUAUAACAUUUUCUGAAAAAUGUCAUAAGUUAUAAAUAUUAUAGUUCUGGAGCAGAGUUUUAACACAAAAUCUGCUUACUGAAAGACACAUUUGUUCUUUCACUUGACAUCAUUAAAUUCAGUUUUGUAGAUAAGUUCAAACAUUUUUAACAAUGCCUCGCAUAUUUGAUCAUUUUUAACAAUGCCUCACAUGUUUGAACAGAAUAUUGUCUGUUCAUUUUGGUGACUCCAGUUGUUGGAAGUAAAAGUUCAGAGUUGCAAAGAAAAUGAACACUUGAACAAAGAAGUUCUCAGCAAGGCAAUUUUACUUCCAUAGAAGGGUGCAGCUCAUAGGCCUGGUUGCCACGAGAGCACACUGAACAAAAGGAAAGGAGGGCUUUUUAUCUUUAACACAUGGGGUUUCUAUGAUUGUGUCCAGCCUCCAUUGGCUGGAGCUGGACUGCACAAUCUAAGAUAAACCUGAUUGGCUAAAAACUUAAAACUUUCCUAAAUUAGUAAAGGCAAUGGAGAACAAAGGAAGGGAGGAAGUGUUUGCAAAAAGGCUAGAAAAGCAAUAACAUGUCUAAAUAGGGAAAGGGGUAUAUUCUACAAGCUAGGAUGUGCCUGGGCAUACCUGGACAUACCUGGCAGAUCAGGAAACAGGUGGGUUAAACCUUUAGAAAUUAGAGCACAUGGAGACAGAAUAUGUCUUAUUUGACUUAAUUAGCUUCCCUUUUGGGGAAAAACUUCACUGUAUCUACCACCAGUGAUUUCACAUGAGCACCUGCCUUUACUACACGGGCCAUGCCUCUGGAUUUCUCCAUGGUACUUCCCUUGGUUUUCACCUGGUCUGGGUGGCUCCUGGUUUCACACAGGCACAUGACGUGGGAUUUUUCACUUGGUCCUAUCAUGUGGGAGCUCUGGAUCCAUUUCUGUCUUCCUGGCUUCUCGGAACUUGUCAGGGCUUUUGCUGAGUGGGUUGUGUUUGUUCUGCUCUCAUGGCUCUGGGAGCAGAAUGAGUUUUAUGCUGAUUAACCUCAGUUUUCUGAAGAUGAUUCAUUCCUUGUGUACAGAAGCCUGUCUACUUUCUCUUGUAGUCCUUUACCACCCCUCCUAUACCAACAGCCUCAGUAACAGAGGUCCGCAAAUUGUGAAUGAUCUAACACCCUCCCAUUCCAUCUAGGCACUGGUAUGUUUCCUCUGUCAAUUUGUGAAGCUGAUGUGUGUGAUGAUUAGAGUUUGGACAGAUUUUUUUUUCUACCUCUGUACUAGGGCAUAUAUAAACCUACACAAGAGAAACAUGCAAGCUAUAUAAUGUAAAAUAGAACAUAUUUUAAAAAUCUUUGUGACAAAUCUAAAUGUUAUCAUUGUAGUAGGAUUACUAUGAUCUUUCAAUGUUAACAUAAAAAUGGGUUUAUAAAAGCAGCAAUCUGUAGAAAUCAUAAUUGAUCUCCUAGGUUAAUCAGCAUUCUUUUUGUCAGAGAGAGGCACUUAAUAUAUAGAACAGACUAAAUAUAGUGAUUUAUAAUUUUCAACUUCUGAAUUGGAAAGAUACUGAGGAUAGUGUUUGUUCUUUGGUUAGUUGGCAUUUUGGGUAGUUGGACAAAGACAUCAGCCAUUACAAGCUACAGCACGAUGGAAUAUAAUCCAUUUUUUGAUGAAAUAUUUUUGGCAAUAUAAGUAUAAUUAAAUUAAAUCUAAUAUUUUCUGUGAUCUUUUAAAAAUCUAACAGUUCCAUUUUAAAAGGAAAGCCUCCAACUUGAAUUAUUUAGGUGUAUGUAUUUAUGGAAAUAGUUUUUACAAAAUAGCACCCAGUACUUAUUUAUAAAGAAGGUACCUGCUUGAUGAUCAGUGGUGCUGACAGGAACUGGAGACAUGAGGACUAAAGACUUAUUUUUUCCCAAGCACAACUUGUACUUUUAAAGGGACUUGGGGGAUUUGAAAGGCAAACAAAAUUUAAUUAAACAUUUGGUCAAAAAAUUUUUUGACUGAUUUCUUUAGUAACUACCUCAGAUAAAUAUAACUAAUACUUCUACUAUGUUUACUAUGAGACAGGCAUAGUUCUAAGUGAUGUAUGUCUUUUAACUUAUUCAAUCCUCAAAAAUGCUCUAUGAGAUAAACACUAUUUUUAUCCCCACUUUGUCGACGAGGACACAGGCAUGGAGAGGUUAAGUUGUUUGCCUGAGGUUAUGAGACACAUUGGCAAAAUGAGCUUCAGACCAGGCCACUGGGCUUUGAGUCCAUGUUUUCAUCUCCACCCUCGCAUGCCUCAGUAGCUCAAGUCAUAGCUCCACAGGCUGUGACUUAUUCAGUUGAAGUUUGCUUGCUAAAUGCUGAUGAUACAAGACAUAUUUAGUGAAUUAUUUAAAAUUUAUGGAACUUUGAUGGUGGGCAUUUAACAAAAGUCUAAAUAAAGCUGAUAAAGACAAACCAAUAUAAUGAAAACGCAUACAGAUUCCUGGAUCUUACCCCAGACCUACAGAAUUAGAAUCAGAGGGCAGAGAAUUAGAAUAAA